UCAGAAGAGGAAGUGUUUUUCCUGGUAAGUGAACAUGAUGGGAUGCUGCUGCCCUCUCCUGUACGCUCUCAGAGCACCUUGUAAUUGAUUUUUUUCAUUGAAUAUAAAAUGUAGGCUACCAGUCACAGCUUGCUUUGACAUAGACCUAAGUGCCGCCCACUGGGUCCAUAAGGCAGCGCCGUUAUUCCCAGCAAACUGAUCCCAGGUCAGGUGGAGCAGAGUGGGACGAGUAGGACCGUCGUUCUGGGCGGGGCUUAAAGUUUAGGGACUUUGUUCGAAAAAGCAACACCCCACGGAUUUUUUCUCACUGUGGAGACCGUCCACGUUAGUUUCCUCGGAAGAAACUGCAGUGCAGAAAUAAAAAUGACCUGCAACAUGCUGGCAAGCGUGAUGGGCAUGUGUAAGUUUACAUGUGCAAUAGUAACCAGAGCGUUAUUUAUCCUGGUGUCUCUGACAGGGGUCUGGAGGGUGACACAUGUGAAGAAAGACCUCAACUACUGGUUCCUGACUUUCCUCUUUUUGCCGCUUGUCGCUGAAAUGAUCAUAACACUGAGGAGGAGAAAGGGAAAAGACUACAAAUGGUGAGAUGAUGUGCAUAUUUAAGUGAGUGUUUCGUGCCCUGAUCAUGUUAGGCUACUCUUAAUGUCAUACAUUUGAAGUGUAAGGGAUCUAACUUUCUGUUUUUUUUCAUCCUUUAUCUUCUGUAUAGAUCUUAAUAUAUUAAGCAUGCAAUCAUCCCUUCCCCCGUCUCCUAAAAUACUCUACAUCCUGCCUGUCCCUGCUCUGCUAUUGUUCACUCAGUCCUGUGACAGUGAGGAUGGGGUGGUACCCCUGGACUGUUAUUCUAGGGGCUCCACUGCUUCCUUCAUGUCUGCUUUUUAAUCUGUAAACAAUCAUUUGCUUUUGAAUUUCCUGACCUGCACAAAUUUCUUUCGCUGAUCUUGAAUCAUGCCUGGUUUUUAGAAGUAAUAGAUCUGUUUCAGCCAAUAAACUGAUGCAACAUACAAAACUGAUAAAUAAAUAAAUAUAUAAAUAAGUGCAAUACAUUAUGUCAGCUUUGUUCUGGAGAAAAGCAUCCACCCAUGAAUUUCCUCUCCAAAGUUUGUAUUUAAAACACAUGUUUUUCAAAUCGUAUUCAAUUGUUUGGCCUCUAAGGAAACUAAAAAACGUCAAAGACAUAUAAAGUCACAAUUUCUGGGCCAAGUUAAAUAGUUUGGGUAAUCUGACUGCAACAGUCAAAAGAUAAAUGACAUAUUUUCAGUCAUUUUUUUGUUUUAGAGUGAUAAAUAUCAGAAAAAUAAAAAUUCUGAUUCUUAUUCUGGUAGUUAUUGCUCUAAAAUGAAAAACAAGACAAAAAAUGGCCGCAUUUCUUUGCACUUUUGCCUAAAAAUGCGUCAGUUAUCUUUUGAUUGCAGAGAUUUUUCUGUCGGGGUGUAGACAUAAUACUGAGGUUAUGUAAUCUUUAAACAUUUCUGUCAUUUAUUUGCCAAUAUCCGACAAGUUUCAGCUUUGUCAAAUAUUUUUUGCUGUGUCAAUAUUUGGUUUAUUAUUACAUCAUUUUUUCCCAAAUGUGUAUUUAUGAAAGAUUAAUCAAGCAGUCUUGGUUGUCUUGCAGGUUUUCGCCUCCCAUCUUUCUUUUCCUUAUCAGUAUCAUUCCCUCCAUCUGGAUCCUGGAGCUUGACUAUCAGCAGGACAAAGCCAGCAACCCUCAGGUACCCCACACCACAAGAAAAAACACGCCUCAUGCUUUCCAGUCAUGUAAUCUAGUGACGGAUGUUUGUGGGUGUGAGUUGUACAGUUGUGAGUUGAAGCUCUUACCGGCCACAGUUCUUGAUUUAUUCUCCUUUUUCCAUCAAAUAGUACUUUUGUUUCCAAACUUGAGGCAUUUCAGCUGUACUUAUACAGAAAAAUCCAAGUGAAAUUCAGCCCAUGACAUUCUCUUUUAUUUUUCUUUAGUGCAAAAGUCUCGACUCUUGGGAGAGUCUGCAAAGAUUAAUCACUUCGAACAAGACCCUGGAAAACGUCACAUACCAGGACCACCUGAAGGUACGAGUGACACUCUGAAAAUUUCAUUUAAACUUCAUAGCUUAACCUCUUUCAUGAAACGCCUGCAAAAUGAGAGGAAGGAACACGAGCAAGGAUGACCAUCCGGUUUAUUUUAGAUAUUUAUAGAUUUCCCCCGAGAAAUGUUUACCCUUUAGUACAGAUCAUAAAUUUCAUUUGAAGUAGUAGAGCUGAUCAAACGCUCCAAAUUGGAGCAUUAGAAAAGUCCAGAUUUCUCAAGAAUUUCAUGGAAGAUUCACUCACCAGUUCCUCUUUUGUUCAACCACUUGCUGAUGCUAAAUAAGUUUUAGUUUAUGGUCUGAAGUCAGCAUUAAAAGUAAAUCAGUGAAUCAGAUGUAAGGAGAAACUUCACUUGAACAUGUCAUAGUCUGGAUCAUAACUUUUAGAAAAGGCAACUGUGGAGCUUUUGUCAAUUAAUUUUUUUAUUGUUAGUUUUAAUAAGUUGGAGAAAAAGCCAACUACUUAAAAAGAAUUCAAUGGUUAACUGACUAACUAAUACUUUCAUGAUGCAUUUCAUCUACAAAUUGUCGCAGAAAACUCAAUAUUCAACUUCAAAUUGUGAACAAAUGUUCCGUAUUAAUGUGUAAUUAGAAAUGAUACUGAUUCUCACACUGAAAACCUUUGCUCUGAUCUGAAAUGUGUUCAAGUCAUACUUCACACAUACGGUAUGUUUUCUAAAGGGACUCUUAUAAAUGAACUGUGACUGUGCGAGCGGUUAGUCAAAGCAGCAUUUGGGUUAUGUGGAAUCAAUGAGGAGGCUUAUGUUGAAAUUGAGGAUCCCAAACUUGGACUUAUUCCUCAGUCUGUUUGGAAAGGAGAACUGUUCAGAGAGAAAAUUCAUUAUUGUGAAAAGCCUUUAUGGCCACAGGGCUAAAGAAACCAGAAAGAACCCUCCAAACAGAGAGCUGGAUGAUCUCCCCACUAAUAGAGGCAUGAAUUCCUCUGAAGUUUUCCCCCUUCUCUUCAUUAUCGCUGAAGGAUCUAUGAAAAGGUCAGCAGGAUUCGAGCUCUCAGUUUAUUGGGCCAGAUUGAUAGGGAGUGUAAAGAAUGUUAUCUGCAGUCCUAUUAGAUUACAUUUAUUAUUCUUUGGGUAGUCGUUGAUUUGAGCAGUGUGAAUCAGAAGCCUGAUCAGUAGCAAGGACAAGACCUAUUGUUUUGUUGCAGCUUUAAGCGAGAAAGCUUAUCUAUAUGAAGGCAGUGGAGUAGGUUAUACAAAGAGAGGAUGCCUAUUGAGAGGUCUACGUCAGUUUAAUAUGAAAGGGUGGGGUCCUUCUUUUGCUAGUUAUGAGGUUCUGAUUUCUGGUGCAUUUUGUCCCCCACUCUCUCCCUGCACUCCCUGUCUCUUGAGCUGUCAUGUCAAAUAAAAGCAAAAAGCAUAAAAUUGUUUUCUUAAAAAGAAAAAUCGACAUAAAUAAAAAUAAUCUAUGUAAAGAAACAAAAUCAGAUACUACAGGCGAAUAAUCUCAGUGUAUGAAUGAUGGAUGAUGAAUAAUUUUUACCCAAGAAAGAGGUUUUGUUGAAAUGGAAAUAAAUCACCCCUGGGAAACUUCAGACAAAGUAUGAAGGGCAAAUACAACAGCUAGCAUCCCAGCUAACCCUCUCAGAAUAGCAAAUAGAAUAUUAGACUCAACGGUAUCAAAGUCAGCAUUACCAAAAGGAUCUUAUGACAUCCUGGUGCAACAGGAUGUCAUAGGACUAGCUAUAUUUUGGUCUAUGCUUCAGAUGAAUAAUUUUGUACACUCAUGAGGUAUGACUUUGUUCAAACUUGAUUCAUAGCACCUCCUAAAGUUUCUGUUCAUGGAUGUUUUUCUGAGCUAAGUGUGUGGGCUUCACUUGUCUUACAUCAUGGCUUCAAAAAAUCCCCUUACAUCUGUAACCCAGAAGGGAAACAGCAAUUUUGAGUUGAACGUCAAAAUUCCACUGCUUUUUGGUGAUUUACAGGGUCAUGAAACACAGUAUCAAACACAAAGAUGUAGGACAUCUGAACAAACUGGUGAAAAAGGCUGGCUCUGUGGUUGGAUUCAAGUUGGACUCACUGGAGGAUGUGGUGGACAGAUGUAUACUAAGGAAAGAGGAGACUAUUCUUAAGAACAUGGAUCACCCACUUCACAACACCUUAAUGGACCAAAGGGCCAAUGGUGGUGGACGGCUCCUCUCUCUCUUCGCUGCAAGACAGAAAGAUUAAGAAGAUCUUUUGUACCCACUUCCAUUAGAAUUUAAAACUCUUUUAUAAAUAUUAGAUGACUUUUGAAAUGACAGACAAUUGAAUUUCCCUUCAGGGAUCAAUAAAGUUAUUCUUAUUCUUAUAUUUGAACCAAUGUCAGAUGUGUCGUAAGACGCUACAGUCAAUAUAAACUGGGGCUGCUCCACAUACUAGAACCUGCAGCCCCUCAGUGUGCACCAAUCCUCUAUGUGCUGCUUGUGGCUCUAAUGAGUUUCUAUCCCUCCACAUCUCUGGAAUGUUUGCUGUUGUACUUGUUGUAAAGUUAGAAAGCUUUUCCUUUUUUUAACUUGGUUUCCUAUUUUUCUUUUUGGACCUUCUCUCAGUCUGUCAUGAUCCUGUCCGCUGUUUUGGAUAUUGGAUAUUGGAUCCUCUUCCCUGCAGAGAAGAGUCUGAUAACCAGUGUGACUGAAAGCAUCGAUAGCAGACCUUUUCAAGUGCUUUUAUAAACACUAAGACCCCUACCACACCCAUUUCACUGGGAAGAUUUAAAGUCAAAUUUGGUGGGCGCACCUCUAAAAACAGGCUGCAGAUCUCAGCCCUUUACAGUGUUCAAGCUAGAAAAACAAUGUUGAAGAUUUGCAGCAUAAUGGAGCUUUCUCGGGCCAAAUAUGGUGGUGUUUUUAUUAUUUUCUUGGUCAAAAAUGAUGACAUUGAAUCAGUGGAUCUAUACUGUUUUCAAGUACCAGGAGGUUUUUUUCAGUGUUAUAUCUGAAAAAUGGUCUGCAAAAGGGGCACAAUUUACCUGUUCCAGUGUCCCUGCAAAUAAUCUCCAUAUUUUAAGAAUUUAAUCCUUUUUUUUUUUUUAAUGAAAAUGCAUCUUUGUUGCCAAUGUAUCUGUAAAAAUGUGUGGACUUCAGGCUGAUGUUAUUUAAAAGUACUGAGAGGUGACCAGAGGACAUUACUUUUGUAAUUUUUAUUGGAUUUGUUCACAGAAAAAUGUUCUCACAAGACUUUCCUUUUUGAUUUAUUUUGUUUGGACAGCAACGAUUAUUUUUAAUCUGAAAUAUACACAAAUAUUCAGUGAAGUAGGGAUUUAUUACUGGAAUAGUAUCAAACAUAAACUGUUACAGGCACUGAUGAUCUUGCGGUCUAAGUGCCCCACUUAUAGAAACUGUAGUCCUCACCACAGCAGUUGCUGGUUCGAUUUCUGGCCAUGACCCUUUGCUGCUCGUCUUCCCCCGUCUCUACUCCUGUCAUUUCCUGUCUCUCAUCAGCUGUCUUCUCAAUUUAAAGUGAAGUCCCCCUGACCCCUCUUACACAGAAACUGUUAACCACAGCAAUUAAAGGUCGGCAGCACUUUCUGACAAUCCAACGUCUCCCAACUAGCUUGAUUAAAAAAAAACUCUUAAAUUGUCAUCGAAGAAAUAAUUUUUUUUCUCUUUGCUUUCCCCAGAAUAUCAAUCAGGUUUUAUCAGACGUCUGUUCAAACGACUGGAUCCUGGCUCUUCAUCAGAUCCUGCUUAUCCUCCUAAUUGUGGGAAAGUGGCUCCUUCCUCUGGGUGGUGGGGUCACACGUGAAGAGCUAUCGCAGCUACUCCUUAUUUUUGUCGGCACUGCAGCAGACAUCCUGGAAUUCACCAGUGAGACUAUGUCGGAUGUCAAGUGGGUGACUUCUCCUACUGUUUUUUUAGCCAUACAUUGAGUCAUUGUGUAUGUAUGUACGUGCUUUUUUUGUGUUUGUGUAUCAGUAUGUUCUAACCCUGUUUCCCAACAGUAUUUGUAAAGUGAUGUUACUCAGUCUGUAUCCAAAAGUCAUAUCCCUUUAAAUUAUUUCCAAAGCAGCUUCCCUGCAACAUUUUAUGAUCUAAUGGGACUAACUCUGGCUGCUUUUCCAGGGGAAACAGUUUCCAGCUGGUCUACAUCAUCCUUGCUGUAUGGACUUGGAGCAUGUUGCAGUUCCCCUUACAUCUGGCCGGUUAGUGUGUUUGUGUGUUAUACCCAAAAUUUGUGUGCUUUGCUUUUUCAAAGCUGUUACAACUUAAAAUGCAGCUGUUGUCAUCGUGCAUUACACCAGUCCAGUGACGGCCCGUUUAAACAGUGUGUUUAGAAAUGGGGAAAAACAUCAGUAAAGUCAGCAGCGUCCAGGCCAGGGCUGAAAGUAAACAGUUUGGCUGAAAUCACUUCCCCCAUUAUCUCCAGUCUUGUCAAAUCAGUAACUCAAGAAUCUGUUUUCAAUUCCCAAGAAAAAAAAAACAACACAGGGGCUUUUAUUAGGAAUAUGAGAAUGUCCCUCAGAUAAAUGCUUCUAAAAUAGACUCACAAAAAAUGGAAAACCAACAGAAAGGAAGUGUUUGAGAAGUUUGUAUAAGUGUUGACAACCCAUGGGGUGAAAUCUAGUCUUACAGUUCUAUACUUAAAUUAUGUUUGACUGAGAAAGCGGGGCUGAUGAAAGAUAGUUUGGCAAAAAAACAGCCAAACUAGAGGAUUUUUUGAAGUUAUGAGUGAGUAUAGGAAAUAAUGUAAACCACAAAUCUCAUUAAUGUUGUCUAUUAUUCAUAAUCCAACCUUCAAUAAUUUACAAACGCUACUUUCAUGUGCAGCUCUUCUCUCAUAGUGCAUUUAGAGCACUUAGAGCUUGAGUGGACAGAGCUCUGUUGUGUUUACAAGUGAAGCACACAUAGUGUGUGUUAGUGUUCACUUAUGUGGGUGUGUCAGUCUGUUAGUAUGACCCUGCAGUUACUGCCAGCAUGUUUGAAUAGUGCACAAACACAAGCAAGCGUUGACUCACAGGUGCCACAUGUUCAGAGUCGUAAGGUUAAUUUUUGUUCAGGAAAAGCCGAGUGAAGUUACUGUAGGUCUGUGUAGUAGCUGUGCUGGAGCUUUAGAUGAGUAUCAAAAUCUUUAUCAGUCCUGAGAGGUAGCCCAGCUGUCACAAAAUUGGUAGUCUGAUUCCCCCAGUGUAAACUGUAAACGGUACAGACAGGGUUUUGAAAUCCAAAGUUAUUUGCCUUUUACUUCACAAACAUCCCUGUGGAAAAUAUAGAGAACAAGCUCACAGGAAUUUAUUACCAUAAAAUUGCAUCCCUCUCUCCCGAGUCGAGUAUGUCUCAAAUCAAGAGUAGGCAACUCUAUAGAACCCAGCCAGUUAACUGAUGCUCUCAUUUUAGUAGACGCAGAAUGUCAGUCAUAUGUUGUGUACAAGGCGACCCCCUGCCACCUGCCACUAGCUGGAGCUGGAGCUGGAGCUCAACAAUGACUUCUGCCAUGACGCCCCCCUACUCUCUGGAUGUAAACAAGCAUGCGUGACAGAUGGUAUCAUGUAGCAUGGUGUGAUUUGGCAGUACUCAGAGGGCUGGUGGUGCUAGCUCUCUAUUGUUAGCCAAGCUCAGCAAAACCAGAUCCCCAUUGUUUACUUACAGACAGUGUGUCCUGUAUUUAGCCUUGAAAGGUGAAUUGUGCCAAAUUUUCUGUUUUCUGGGUGUUUUCUUAUAUUUGGACUGGUCGGUUGAAACUGAAAUGUUACCGAGAAAACAGUCACUUCAGAACAUCCUGCUAGUAGCAUUAGCACAUUUUCUUGUAUUGAUACUUACAAAUCUAUUUUCACACUAUAAACAAUGCCAACUGAUGCAUUUUGUACAGUUUGUGUGCAGGAGUUAGCUUGCUGUUUUAAAGUAUUUGAAGUUGUUACUUUGGGCAAACAAUUACUGAGUCCUUGAAUCAAGCCAAGAAGAUUUACGUUACUUUUCUGGUGCACUGAAGGUUAUUUUUUUUCUCAGGAAUAUAGUAUCUACAUGAUUAUUUGGUGUUAGAAGUUUAGGUAGAUAUAGUUUGUGGAGAUUCAUUCAUUCGUGUCUUUGCCCACACAUACUUGGUGUUCCCACUGGAUGAGCUAGUGCCCUAGUAGACCACCUCAGUCCAAAAAGUCUGGGCAUGCCCCUGUUUAUUGCAUGAAUGGGUUUAGAAAAUGAUGAUAAAAUGAUAUGACUGACAUGAUAUGAUUUAAUCCUCAUUUUUAGAGUUUGACUUGAACUGCAAAAGUAUGGACGAGUAUUUCAGCAGGUAUUAUUCGUAGACAUGAAAACUGUCGGCAGGUUGAAAGCAAUAAAGCAGGGUGCACUUAUCAUAACAGCUGCUGGGAACUGAGAUUGUAAUGAAGUUAAUUUGUUGCCUCUGUCUCCACUUAGUUUUUUCUACUAUCCAGGUCAAAACAACUGCAGAGGCAAAUUAAUUCAGCAGGUUGCUCAUUUUUCUCUUUUCUUGUUUAGGGACUCAGCUCCGAGGUUUGAGGCAGCUUGGCUCCAUCACAACAAAAGCCAAUCAUUUAAUAAAAACAGUAAAUCAUUACAGCUAAGAGUGAAAAGAAAUGAAAUUAUUAUUUCUACUUAAUAACAUUUUUUUCUAUUUGUUUUCUUGUAGUGGUGAACUCCAAACCAGACAGUGAGGAUGAGCUGGAGGCCCAGGAGGUUUCCCUUCUAACCAAACACAGCACCGACAUGUGGAACAUUGUGGAGGCCUUGUUUAUCCAGGAUGGACCUUUUUUGGUCGUUAGGCUCAUCGUCAUGACAUCCUUCAAAGUCUUUCACCAGAUGCUCAUUUUCUUCGCUAUCAAGAACUUCUUGGUGGUCAUAUUGAACUUGUACAGACUGGUUGUAAUUUGCCAGGACUUCAGACCCUCCAGCAGCAGCAGGGGUAGCACUGAACCUGCACUUUGAUGAUUCAGGGAGGAGGUGAGAUGUUACAGCCAAAGUUUUUCAGUUACAGAGAUCUGUGGGAUUGAAUAGUUUUGAAAAAUGAAUGCGGUCAGAAGCAGAAAAUUGUAAUCAAACAUUUUCUUACGCUUUUAAGGGCGUGAAGUCUGACUCAUUUCAGGGGUUAUAUUUUAUGUCAGUCACAUAUUAGUCUUUUUAGAGGUAGCCUCUGUCAACUCAGUCAAAACUGCACUAUUUGUUCUGUACUUGAAUGUGAAUCAGCACGUAUGCAGAAUGAAAUCUGAGGACACAAAGAAAGGAAGCAGAGCAGGAAAAAAGGGAAAAAAACUUUCUCAAGUGGUCUAAUUCGAGCUGACAAUGCAUGUCACCAAGGCUGUCAGCUGCAUAAAUCGAAUGAAAGCAGUCUCACUACAGCACCUACAGGGACUUAAAGCAUGGUACUGCUAAUUUUAGGCCGAAGGAAAGAAUAAUUUAACCUAUUUGUCUAGUUUCUUCUGGACAAAGCCGGUUCCAGUUCCACACCAUUUUUUAUUUUUGAUUAUAGACUUAUAGACUUCUACUGCUUCAGUCCAGCUCAGUAGGAACAGCCUUUUUUUCGUCUAAGCCUGAAAUUUCUAUUACAACUGCAAGUAGUUUUUUAUAAUCAUUCCUGAACUGAUUGUAUUUAUCUGACUAUUAUUUGAUAAAACCAAAGAGAAAACAUGAUUUGUUCACUGCCAGGACAACAUCAGUAGUUCAAAGAUUAAAUUUGAACCUUAAUUUACCAAGUUUUUCACCGCAGUUUUUAAGAGCAAACACCUCUCGAGAUCCCUGACUGGGUUUUAGGGUUACGUUGCCACAACAUUUCUCGAUGAUCCAAUAGAUACUUCUUUUUAUCACAAAGGGGCAAUCAUUAAAAUUGCAUGUCACCAAAUAUUUAGUAAGUGUAUUCCUGAGGAAGCAAAGAAGCAAAGAAAAGAGUGGUUGAGGCUGGAUUAUUUCCUCGGAUUUCUCACAAACUGGUUCUUGGUGACUUUUUUUUAGGUAGGAGUGAGAACUUGAGUAACAUAAGCAAUUUUCCUUUCUCAAUCCAGAUGGGAAGUUAAGGCUGGUUGUGAAAAUAUGCUACCCUGUGACAGGAGGCAGUAUGAGUCCAAACAUAGUACCUACAUUGGAUUAGGUAGACAGGCCAUGUAAAAGAACAAAGUAUGAAAGUAGAUAUAUCAAAGUGACACUCUUCUCACUUCUACUGCUGGUAGGCUCUGAGCGUAACUCUGUGACUUGAUCAAUGUGGAUUUAAUUCCUCUAUAUUUUAAAACAAAAGAAAUUGCACUCAGUGAUUCAACUCAAGUUGAGUUGUUUUAUUCUUUCAAACCUGUAUUUUUCGAUGCCAGUGUAAUGACUCCCUGGUUUAUGCGAAUGUGUCAGAAAGACAUCUUCAGCAAAAACUGUUAAGUUUCACAAGUAAUGAGCAAAAUGCAAUUAAAUUUUUGACUUUUUUUUUUUAAAUAUCAAAGUCAGAAAUCUCCCUGAAGGCAUCAUACCUCAUUUUUUUCUCAUUUUACUGUGUAGUUUUAGCAUUGUUGUUGUAUGUAUGUGAGUUGGCACAGCUCAAAUAAAAUAAAUCCUAUUUAAACAAAUCA